GACGUAGACGAGUGCAUUCUUGCUUUAGACGACUGUGAUAUGUUCGCGACCUGCAUUAACACCAAGGGAAGUUUUACGUGUGAAUGUAUGCCUGGAUUCGAAGACAAAGGAAUGAUUUGUACGAAAUAUCAAUGUGGUAAUGAGACGAACAAUGUCACACGUUCAAGUGACAAAAACGGCACUGUUUCUCUCCAGCAAGUCUGUUCUUGUAUCGGGCAGUACAUAAAUACUGGACAAACGUGCACAGACAUAGAUGAAUGCGAACGGGGCUCGUUCAUUUGCCCCUCAUUCGCUCCAGUUUGCCAAAACUUAAUUGGCGGUUAUGAAUGCAAAUGUGAUGCCGUAGACAACUCAUCUUGCGAUGCAGUAAACCCUUGUGACUCGGCCAAUAACACUUGCAACGAAAACAUGACCUGUAUAUCGAUUGGCAUAGACCACUAUUGUGUCUGUCCAGAGGGGUACACUGAAAACCAAAACGGAACAGCUUGCAUUGAUGUCAACGAGUGCGAUAACCUUCAGUUUUAUGGAUCUUGUGAUUCCAACGCUGAUUGUGUCAAUGUUGAUGGAAGUUACGACUGCAAGUGCCAUCAUGGUUUCUUUCAGAGUGGAGAUGCUUGUUUCGAAAUUGAUGAAUGUAAAGGAAUGAUUACACAGACUGUAGAAGGACAAUUGGAGGAAUGCAGAGCUGGUGUUUGUGCAUCAACCCAAACAUGUGUCUAUUACAACAGUUCAAUUGUUCAAGGCAAGGCCGUUAACUCCACCUUUAUUUGUGCUUGUGACGAAAGUGACAACAGGAAAAUAGACUGUGUCGAGACUAUUACAGAGGUUGUCCAAACUGAAGACAACAUGACAACUGUCAUAUCUAUUCCUUGGUAUUCGGUAGUAAACGUUAGUUCUCAUACCAUUCCCACGUACCAAAGUACCUUUACGCAUAACUGCACCGACAAAGCAAUGUGCAAGAACCUUGCAGGAUCAUACGAGUGCAUUUGUCUCCAUGGAUAUAAAAGUGAUGACGGCGGAUGGAGUUGCCAUGACAUCGAUGAAUGCCUCGAGAACAACACCUGUCACCCAAACGCCAUUUGUUUAAAUAAAAAAGGGUCCUUUGAUUGUAAAUGCAAACCUGGGUUUGCCCGGGACGGCCCAACCAACUGUUCUGAUAUCGAUGAAUGCUCUUUUGUAAACUGCACCAAAAACUCAUUCUGCAGAAAUAUAGUAGGUGGUUACGUUUGUGAUUGUUUGGAUGGCUUUCAUAAAAACGGAAUUGUGUGUGAAGAUGUGGACGAAUGUUCCAAAAAUACUCUCAAUGAAUGUCACCCGAGGUCGUCUUGCUAUAACUAUAUUGGUGGCUACAACUGCACUUGCUUCACAGGCUACUAUGGCGAUGGUUUCAGAUGUUCUGAUGUAAAUGAGUGCAGAGAGAGCUCCAUUUUUUGCGGGGACCAUGCCUCAUGUUACAACACUCUUGGAUCUUACAAAUGUACGUGUGACCCAGGAUGGACAGGUGAUGGGCAAAACUGCACCAAUAUUGACGAGUGUGCGCUCGGUUUGCACAUGUGCAUUGAGAACUCCUACUGCACAGAUAAUGAAGGUAGUUACACCUGUUCUUGUCACAGAGGAUGG